AUGAAUCCAGCAUUCUCAAACACAGCUGCCACGGACAAAGCUGUUCUCCGUCGGUAUUUGGAUUUACCACAACCAGAUGACAAGGUUAUGGCAACCUAUAUCUGGAUUGAUGGUACUGGUGAAAAUCUUCGAGCUAAAACACGUACACUUGAUCAAGAACCCAAGUCACCAAAAGAAUUACCAUGGUGGAACUUCGACGGUUCCUCGACUGGACAAGCCGAAGGAUCAAACUCCGAUAUCUAUCUCAAACCAGUCGCCAUCUACAAAGAUCCAUUCAUGCUUGGUCGAAACAAACUAGUUAUGUGUGAAACCUAUAAAUAUAACAAAGAACCUACCGCCACAAACAAACGAUUGAGCUGCGAAGAAGCUAUGAACGCAGCACAUAGUGAACAUCCAUGGUUCGGUCUUGAACAAGAAUAUACACUACUCGAUCGUGAUGGAUGGCCAUUUGGAUGGCCGAAAGGUGGAUUUCCUCAUCCACAAGGUCCAUAUUACUGUGGGGUUGGCGCAUGUCAAGCUCUCGGUCGUGAUAUAGUUGAAGCACACUACAAGGCCUGUUUAUAUGCUGGAAUUAAUAUUAGCGGAACUAAUGCUGAAGUGAUGCCAGCUCAAUGGGAAUACCAAGUGGGCCCAUGCGAAGGCAUCGAAGCUGGUGAUCAAUUAUGGCUUUCACGAUACUUAUUACUUCGUAUUGCCGAAGAAUUCGGUGUACAAGUUAGUUUCAACCCGAAACCAAUCCCAGGUGACUGGAAUGGUGCUGGGUGUCACACUAACUUUUCCACGCUAGCUAUGCGUGAACCAAACGGCAUUGAAGCUAUUGAUGAAGCUAUUUCAAGACUGAAGGCUCGUCAUAAGACACACAUUGCUAUGUAUGGUAAAGGCAACGAACGUCGAUUAACUGGUCGACAUGAAACCGCUAGCAUCAAUCAAUUUAAUGCUGGUAUUGCCAACCGAGGUGCAUCAAUUCGAAUUCCUCGUCAAGUCGGUGAAGAUAAAUGUGGUUAUUUGGAAGAUCGUCGUCCAGCAUCGAAUUGUGAUCCAUAUGCUGUGACGGACAUCAUUGUUCGCACAAUAUGUCUGAAAGAAAAAGACACCGAAGAACAAAGUGCAAAAUAA